AGAGUAGCACAGGUAAGCACAACAGUAGAGCCGAACAACGCGUUACACAGCUGAUCAAGGCCGUCCGCCGCCCGGCCAGCUGAUUGCGGUACAUUCAUCGCUGUUUACGUAAUAAUACGAGUAGGAAAAGCCCAGGAAGCUUCCACACAGCCUGCACAGGAUGUUGCCAUGCCAGUUGAGGUCGUUGAGGCUGAGCACGGUGGUACGCCCGCUGCUGCUACACGCCCGCACCAUGGCUGCCGCCCCCGAGCCCGUGGUCAUCCUUCAGGAGGUGGCGGAUAAGGGCGUCAUCACCCUCAACAGGCCCAAAGCACUCAACGCCCUCAACCACGAGAUGAUCCAGCUCAUCCAGCCCCGCCUCAAGGAAUGGGAAGCCACCAAGAGCAUGGUCAUCAUCAAAGGGGCAGGAGAGAAGGCAUUCUGUGCGGGCGGCGACGUGCGAGCCAUCGUGGAGACAGUGGGGAAACCGGACGCCUUGGGAGAGUGCUUCUUCCGGGAUGAGUACAUCCUGAACUGUCUCAUCGGCACGCUGCACAUCCCAUACAUCGCCCUCAUUGACGGCAUCACCAUGGGCGGUGGCGUGGGCCUCUCAGUGCACGGCCAGUACCGGGUGGCCACCGAGCGCACCGUCUUUGCCAUGCCAGAGACAGGCAUCGGCCUCUUCCCUGAUGUUGGCGGCUCCUACUUCCUGCCCAGGCUGGGGGGACGGCUGGGGAUGUAUCUAGCCCUCACUGGCCAUCGACUGAAGGGGCGAGAUGUGCUUAAGGCAGGCGUGGCCACCCAUGUGUGUGACGCAGCAAGGAUUGGAGAUCUGGAGGAGUCCCUGCUGAACCUGCAGUCUCCUUAUCCUGAGGAUGUGGCUGCUGUGUUGCAGAAGUUCCAUGAUGAGGCAGCCUUCAGCAAGGAUGCACCAUUCUCCUUACAGUCAGUGCUCCCCAAGAUUCAGUCCUGCUUCUCAGGAGCAUCAGUGGAAGAGAUCUGUAGAAAUUUAGAAAAGGAUGGCUCUGAGUGGGCACUAAAGCAACUGGAGAUCCUGAAGAAGAUGUCACCCACCUCCUUGAAGGUAACAUUCCAGCAGGUGGAGCGUGGGGCAAACCUCACCCUGCAGGAGUGCCUCACCAUGGAGCACCGCAUCGUUAAGCGCAUCUACAAGGAACAUGACUUUAGUGAAGGCAUCCGGGCUGUCCUGGUGGCCCGGGACAACAACCCCCAGUGGAAACCCAAGACUUUGGAGGAACUCACUCCUGAAAGACUGGAGGAGUACUUUGCACCUUUGCCUAGUGAAGAAGAACUUGAGCUCUAAACUUGUGAAGAAGCCAUGGCUCAAAGUGGAGUGGGAGCAGUCCUCAUCAAGAAACACCAGAAGCCAGUGUGGAAGCCUGCCAGCCUGAGUGAGGUGUCUGACGAACACAUUGCCAGCCACUACUUCUCCCCCCUGGACCCAGCAGAGGAGCUCCCCCUUUAAUGGCCCACCUUAGUUGCUUGUCCUGGGCAGGUUGUUCCUUUUGUGCCAAGCCACCUCAUACUGUGACGGUUCAUCGUUCUUAGAAGUAAGUUUGUUUUUUUGGAUGAAGCUGUGUGUGUGUGUGUGUGUGUGUGUGUGUGUGUGUGUGUGUGUGUGUGUGUGUGUGUGUGUGUGUGUGUGUGUGUGUGUGUGUGUGUGUGUGUGUGUGUGUGUUGUAACCUAAACACUUAAAAGAAGCAGCUGAGUUUGAAAAUUUGUAUUUAAGGAUGCUAAAAGCUGAAACCAGAUACUUUUGUUUCCAUUAGUUGUUUUCAUGGUACUCAAACUUCACAAGAGUUAUACUUAGAUAUGACAUAAAUUUACUUAGUUGAUUGGUUUACACUUUAGAAGCUAAUUGUUUAUAUAAGAUGAUGGCAAGUUUUUAAGACAAAAGGGAAAGGUUUGAGCAGUUCUCACAGUAUUAGACAAGCUCCAUAAUGGUGCACCUAUUCAAGAGAAGCAAGUAUUCAGCAUAAGACUUUACUUGGUGGGCUUCCCAACCCCUGACCCAGAGAGUGAAGAGGAAUGUUGAGCCAAGACUAAACUAGACUCUACUUAUAACUUAGGGAUUGUUUUUCAGUAUUUUUUAUGGCAUUGUAUAAAUAAGGUUCUCCUGUGGAUACCUCAUCAAAUCUGUAUUACAGAACUUUGUAAAGUUUUGUUAUAACAUUGUCAGAGUUUGUAUACAGCAGCACUAAUGCCUGUCCAUAGCGUGUCCCAGGGUAUGCCUGGUGUGGACCACUGGCAGGAAUGGGAGAAUGGUGCAGACUCCCAAUGAUUGUGAUGCCAUUCUUGGGUGUUCCCUUGUGUGCUUCACUCUCCCUUUGCUUCUCCCUUCAAGGCUGUCUUCAGCAGUCAAGGAGUCCUGCCCCAUGCCUUCUUAACUAAUAAAUUACUUGAAAUAUGAGAUUUUAUACCUAAACCUGACAUUUUGGAGAAUUUUAGAGUUAAAAUUGCUAGUUGAAUGUAAGGUACAAGAAUACUGCAGAUUUGAUUUAUUGUUUUAAUUCUUAAUGAAAAUGCAGUUGUAAUCUUUUAAUGUGGGACUUCAUGUAAAUACAAUAUUACCUGUUUUCUUA